AUGACAACUCGGAUGAGAAAAAUUGCUUCAGUCACAACACCACAUGCCCAUCCUUGGUCUUUUCACCAUGCGACAGUGGAGCAUGCAUCGAUUUCAUCUACAAAUGCAACGGUCACUCAAGAUUGUAGUGGACAACUAGCGAUGAGAAAAAACUGCCAUAAUCAUAAUGUUACUGAUAAUCAGUUUGACUGUGGCAAUGGAGAAGAAUGUAUCUAUGAAGUUUGGCGUUGCGAUGGAGAAGCUGACUGUAAGAAUGGCACAGAUGAAAUAGGCUGCAGUCUGAGUACCACAUCUGCACCAAGGAAAGUCACAAGCUCUCCUUUGUGCCCAGUCUUUUCCUACAGGUGCACAAAUGGCUACUGUGUUGGAUGGGUGGAUGUUUGCAAUGGAAUCAAUGAUUGUGGUGAUUCAUCAGAUGAAAUUGAUUGUGAAUAUCCAACGAGUACCACAUCACCUUUGCCCUGGAACACUACUAGCCGUACGCAUUGGUGUAGCUACAAUGAAUUCUUCUGUCCGGUGGAUUAUCGCUGUCUGCCAAAUGUGCUGAGAUGUAACGGCCAUGAGGACUGCCUUGAUGGGACAGACGAAGACAGCUGUGGUUCCUGCAGCAGGGACCAGUACCAGUGUGCCCAUGACAAGUGCAUCUGGAAAGCUUGGGUGUGCGAUGGGGAGGCUGACUGUCCUCAAGGGGAUGACGAGGCUCAUUGUGACAAUCACACCACAACAUGCCUGCCUACAGAUUUCAGAUGUGUAGAAGAUGGGGGAUGCAUCUCUCACUCUAAAGUCUGUGACAAAGUGCUGGACUGUAAUGAUGGUUCUGAUGAGCUGCAGUGUGAUUCUCAAAUAGUCAUUUCCCGUGAACGAUCUACAGCCUCAAACUGCUUAUCACUUUGUAUUCUCAACAGUGAUCCGUGGUAUUGCUU